UGUAUUUUCUCUUUGCGUACCUUCUCUUUCAUCCUCUCUCUCAAUUCAAUUAAUUCACUUCAAUAAUAAUUCAUCCCCUUUCUCUCUCUCUCUCUCUCUCUCUCUCAACUCCCCACACGGAACUUUCUAGAAUUCGAUCUAUCUUCAUACAAUGCCUUAUCUCAACAACACUUAUUGAUUUGGUAAUCCUCUCUUCAUUUUUGCUUUUACAUUCCUGUUCGAAUCUACACUCAUGUUUCUUCUUUUCCUAUGCUGAAGCUGGUUUUUAAGGGAUGCCUCCGCCGCCGCCGCCGCUCGAGCGGAGCGGCCUAGAGUCACCGGCCGGGGAUACAGCUUCUAGAUCUCUUCCAACGCCUUUUUUGACCAAAACUUAUCAGCUUGUGGAGGAUAAGUCCAUUGACGAUGUCGUCUCCUGGAACGAAGAUGGAUCUACCUUCAUCGUCUGGAAUCCAACUGAAUUCGCCAAGGAUUUGCUCCCAAAGUACUUCAAACACAAUAAUUUUUCCAGUUUUGUCCGUCAGCUCAACACCUAUGGAUUCAGGAAGGUCGUGCCUGAUCGAUGGGAGUUCUCUAAUGAUUGUUUUCGUAGAGGAGAGAAACGCCUGCUAUGUGAUAUACAACGUCGGAAGAUCGCGUCAGCUCCACCAGCACAGGCACCUGUUCCAUCGCCGGCCGUUGCAGCUCCUCCGCUGGUUACGUUGGCAGCACUCCCGCCGGCUACGGUAUCUCCAAGCGAUUCAGGCGAAGAACAAGUCCUGUCCUCUAACUCUUCUCGAGGUGCUACAACUAAUUUAUCUCGAGAAACAACAGCUUCCGGAGGAGCUAACGCCGAGCUCGCCGGUGAAAACGAGAGGCUAAAGAGAGAAAACGUUCAACUCAAUAAAGAGUUGAGUCAAAUGAAAAAUCUCUGUUCCAACAUAUACGUGAUGAUGUCCAGCUACGCCACGAAUAAACCGUCGGACGGGAGCAGUUCACAACCACCACCACAACAGGCGGCGACAACCACCGUGAAACCGCUAGAUCUGUUGCCGCUAAAGCGGUUAGCCGAGGAGUAUAUGGGUAACGGUUGCCGUGGCGGUGGUGGUAAUCACCGUGAAGCGGCGGAACACGAGGAGAUCAGCCCCAGAUUAUUCGGUGUGCCAAUAGGUGUGAAACGGUCGAGGGAGGGAGGUUCGGGUGAAGAGGCGGAACAGUAUAAUGAGCUGCAGCUUCAACAGCCGGGAGUAGAUGUGAAAUCAGAGCCGUUGGAUCAUAACGAAAACGGUAGUAGCGUUGAUAAUCAUGAAUCUACGUGGAUGAUGAAGCGGUCAGAUCGUAAUUAAUUGGAAGACUUUUUUUUUAAGUGGAAAAGUGUAAAUGUAGUAAAGUCCACACGAGGAAAGGGCACGUGACCGAUGAGUCACGUGGCAUGCAUAUCCCCUCGUUGUCGGGUAGACGUGGACCAAGUACAAGAAGUUUCUUGAACUUUUUUGAAAUUGCAGCUCCAAAUUUUUGAUUCAAAGAAAAAUACGUUGUUAUUUGUUAUUUUAUCAAAAAGAUUUCUUUGGUCAAAAAAGUCGACUUAGCUGGAAAAAUUCAAUCAAUUAGUUACUAGUGGACUUGUAUAGGAAUUAGGCUUCUGAUUGUUGUCCAAAUGUGUGAAAUUUUAGAUUAAUUUAUAUGUAUUUCGAUCC